CCGCGUCCAUCCGUACCCCUUCAUCAUCGUCCCGGCUCAGAGCUGAUACCGUUGGACGGUCUCCACUUCUUACACUUCUCUUUGCCCCGACACUGUUUCGGAUGGAGACAUUUUACACGUGAGGGACUGAAUGAAAAGGAGCAGUGUCACUCCGGUUAUUUUGGAGAGUUGACAUUCAGCUGAUUUUUUUUUUUUUUAAUUUGUCCCACUGGAAAGCUUCAGGCAUCUGGGCUGAGGGAUUCAGUUGGUUAGGCUGACUAAAUUUUGUAUUUUCAUCUGCAUUCAUCAUGCAUCAAUUCGUUCUUUGGAUAAAUAUUUUUGGACACGGUUGACUUGAACUUAAGUCUCCAAAAAGCUGCAGGUGAAGGGUAAGAGGACACUCGGACUGGGACGGAGGCACCGGGGUGCAUUGCUGGGCCACCGAGCACUGUCUUUUGGGUGGAUAACAACCAGACUUUUUCUGAACGAUUCAAAGACGUAUGAAGGCUUCACCUGAACCUUGCUCGCUACCAGCACGCGUACAACCCAGAGGACAUUUUAAAGGCAAAAGCUCUUCAAUCCAAACCUCAACCAGCAUCACCUUUCUGCUGUGGGUGGGUCUUUGAGGGAUCCACCCUUCUUUCUUCCAUAUUUUUUUCUGCCCUUCCCGGCUCCUUUGGUCCAUCCUCAGAAGCCUCCUCCUCCGGCCUGCAAUCUCCAUCCGCGGUGCCCCGUCGCCCUGGGUGAGCGGGCAGGGGGGUGGCCCACUGUACCCCCCGACACCUGGGCGCCACCGAGCCGCCAGAGGCUGGUGAGGCGCCGGCGAGGUCGGUGCUUGGAAGAUGGCCGCUCUCGCCAGCUCCCUUAUUCGCCAGCGCAGGGAGGUCAAGGACCCCCAGGCGAACCGGCAGGUCGCCAGCAAGCGAAAGCCCUGCCCGAAGAGCAACAAGUCCCUCUGCCAGAAGCAAAUCCUCAUAUUAAUAUCCAAGGUUCGACUAUGUGGCAGUCGAGGGAGAAAAAUGGAAAAAAGACCAGAGCCCCAGCUGAAGGGCAUCGUCACACGGCUUUACUGCAGACACGGUUUCUACCUCCAGAUGCUGCCGGAUGGCACCAUGGAAGGCACAAAGGACGAAAGCAGCUCCUUUUUGCAGUUCAACUUGAUUCCUGUGGGGCUCAGGAUAGUGGCCAUCCAGAGCACCAAGACCGGGCUUUACGUUGCCAUGAACAGCGAGGGCUACCUCUACACGUCGGAACACUUCACGCCGGAGUGUAAGUUUAAGGAGUGCGUGUUUGAGAACUACUACGUCACCUACUCGUCCAUCCUGUACAGACAGACCCAGUCGGGUCGGGCGUGGUACAUCGGCAUCAACCGGGACGGGCAGGUCAUGAAAGGGAACCGUGUGAAGAAGACAAAGGGGGCUGCGCACUUCCUUCCCAAACUCAUUGAAGUGGCCAUGUACCGGGAGCCCUCUCUACACGACGUAGCUGAGCAGAGUCCGCCCAGGAAAACGCCCAAGACCUCCAGUGACUCACCCAUGCUCCAAAACGGCAAGAAGGACCCUAAAUCCAAAACCAAAAGCUCCACCUCCUAGCACUCAGAGACAUGGGCGGGAGAGGAGGGGUGGAGGACAAUAGGCACCAGCAAACAGCUGAACGGGGUUGUUAACGCUACCCUGCCACCCCCCGAACCUGCAACACUGACCCCUGUGUACUCUGCAUACUACAAUGCACUGGUGUAAAGUUGGAGAAAAAGGAGAAAGUGGAACUGAUCAAUGAAAAAAAAAACUUUUGCCAUCACAGACCCCCAUCCAGUCCCUCCACCUUCUUCCUGUAUUAGAUUGUGAUUAUCAAAGCCUGGAAUGUAAAAGCAAUAACUCCACGAGGAGGUGAACAGUCGUCCAGCAGCGUUAUAGCAUGUCACCGCAGCACGUUAAACUGGCGGGAAGGAAAUCCCUCUUACACACACACACACACACACACACCCCUCCAAAGGUCACCAGCUGCUACACCCUUCCAGUCGACCAAAUAUCACAGUCUUCCUGGUUCUACCACAACGGGUGCAACAGUCCAAUUGGUGCAUCUGCAGCACAUACUUCACAUAUGGGUUUUCAUUUCCCCGCAGGGCUCCAUGCUAACGUUAGCCUGCCACAGAGCAACGCUAAUGCUCGGCUGUUACCGACACCCGCCGAGACUUUUGUCCUGCAGCCAUCUGCUCAGUCCACAUCUUCUGUGUGUGUCAGCGACAUUGUGAGAUGGCCUGGAUACUUGUCAUCCCCUUUUUGUGUGCGUGUGCGUGCGUGUCUGUCUGUGUGUGUUCAUUCCUUUCUUCUUUCAUUCACCUUUGGCACGAUUUGAUUAGUUUGUGACACGGACUCAAUUUUCCACUCGGCAGCACAAGAAAACCCCCCCGUUCCUCUCUGGCUCUGUUAAUGGAGUCUGGGCCUGAUCAGAGUCUUUCGACCCUUAAACGAGGGGCCACACGGUCCCUUGACGCACUGCAUAACGACACGCGCACACUCACACACACACACAGACAUUCAUCAUCACAUUGACAUUUAUAAACGUGUGGAAGUGUGUGUAUCCUGUGUGCGCACACUUUAGUGUUAUGAAAUCCACGAUUGAGGAACGCGGAAAAGAAUCCCAUUGUGGUGUGUGUGUGUGUGUGUGUGUAUGUGUGCGCGCGUGUUUUGUGUAGGUUAUGGGAGAUGAUGAGGAUGUCAUCAGUGAGAUGGGGUACUGAUGGACCCCGACGCCGGAGCUUUGAAUUGCACCACAGUUGUUGUUUUUUCUACUGUGGCUGACCAUGCAUUGCACAAACGCCUCUUUCGCCUAGAAAUACAAAAUAUAUGUAUAUAUAUAUAUAUAUAUAUUUAUUUAAUUACCAUAUCUAUACUGUCAUAUCACCUUAUGAUGAAUGAAACAAAUGUGUUUAUGAUCUGCAGAUUCACCGCUUCACCCAUCGCAGUCCACAUGCCAGAAACCCUCCGUGUGCGGAAUGUACAGCUCUUUUCUAAAGCGUUUACUUGUCAUGGGCGGUGCUACUGAGCUGGAGGUGCGAAGUGCACCAUCAAGGCCUGUGAGACCCGAACCCGCUCCUUUAAGACACCACACGGCUCAAAGGACCAGUGUGUAGCUUUUACUGGCAUUUGGCUACACUACAAACAUGGCAGGCUGGGCUCAUUCUAAGCUAAUGAAAACGCAACAAUCAGUUUCAGAAAACAUGGUUAUGAAUAUUAAAUUUCAUUUCUAUAAGCAGAGCCCGCCGCCCCUCCUAAUCCUACACACUGGACCUUUAAAGUAACAGUACCUGCCACUCUGGCACCAAGAGCCUAUAUUUUUGCUACAUUACUAACUGACUAAUGCAACACAAUGGCAUAAAACUACAUUGUAAUAUCAAGCAGGUAGAUGUAAUACUUCCUGUUGGUUUGAAACUAACUGCAAAAACAGUAUAGCGAGGUGGUGUAUAGUAUACUGUGUACACUUGAUAUGGAGUCAGGUAUUUGGAUGCACAGGGCAUUGCAACUCCACUCGCAACACAGAGUUCUCCUGUGAUUUAGCAUUGCACUCCAGUUAUUCCAAGCAGCAAAGCAAGUUAUUAUCCCCUCAGUAGAGGAACUUUAUUAGAUUUAUAACAGCCAACUCUGGAGCUACAAAAAGCUUAACAUAACUUUAUUUUUGUAAAAACCUGCACCGCUACUCCCCAACAGCUGGGAACUGUUAACUGUUUAACGUGUCAGAUCAAUUAAAGUAUGUAAUACUUUACAGACCUGAACACAACAUAUUUUUUUUAUUUUGUCUCUCAAUCCUCAAUACUCAGUCUUCCAACUGCAUGAAGGUGCAUUACUAAAUCACUGGAGUGGCCCUUUAAGUCUUUUGCACUUGGAUGAGUCUAUGUGCAUGACAGCAAACAACCCCACCCACAUACUCAAAGUAUUUCCCAUAGACCUCUUCAGCAGACGUUGAUUAUGAUGCAAAGGAAUUCAAGCCUUUACUCAUCAUUUCACUCAUCUUUAUACUAUUAUGAUUUAGUUCAUACUUGUCGUGACUUUAUAUGACCAAAGUCACAUAGAAAUAAUGAAAACGAUGGGAUGGCGAUUCUAGAAAAGAGACAAUGGAAUGACGGAUGUCGUUUUUUCCUUGCUUUUCUGAUGAACUCUCGUGGUAAAAAAAAAGGAUUUGAGAUAUUUCACUAUGCUCAUUCAGGAGUGGGCUUUGUAUGUGUUUCCAUUUGUUCUUUCCGUUCGACGCAAAAAAAGCAAUCAUUUUUUCUCAUCAAAAUUCCUUGGUACAAUAUGCCCGGCAGGGUAAUUGUUUCUGCCUAAUGUUUAUGUAUUGUGGGAAGCGAGGGAGUCGGUGGCGAGGGCAGAUUGACGAUAUCACCGCUCAGAGAGAGAGAGAGAGAGAGAGAGAGACCAACCAGAGAAAAGAAAAGCUGGAAGGGAAGAGACUUUUUGGGGAAAUAAUUAGUGAUGACGAGCGGGAAAAAGAAACGUGUUUCAAGAAGGAAUUCUGGUAAUGCGGAGGAUGCUCCCUGAACAGAGUCACACACACACAUUUACACACACUGUGCUCCCAUGUGACCUGGUGUUGUAUAUAAUAAUAGCUGAUAACCCGGGUAGAAUAGAGGCGAGCUGCAGAGCAAAUAAAGCCAGCUUCACCUCUGUGUUCCUGGGUAGAGAAAGAGGACAGAAUAGUUCACGGUGGAGGAAUAGGGGAGAGAUGGGGUGAAGGUGGUGAGGAUGGAUGACCGGGAAGAAAGAGGUUUGAAUAAACACACUACAGGAAGGACUUGUGAGGAUCAUAGACGAUCAUAGACAUGAUUUGUUUGCUUUAUUGAACACAAGCUACUGUUAAAACCUCGCGAUCGCACUAAACACCUUAAUUAAAGUGACAAAUAGACCCUCGUGUCUGCGUGUCCGACCACUCCCCCCCCCCGUGGAUCGCUAAAUCCACAACACAAUGUUUAAGUAUUAUUGACAAAGUGAUUACACAAGUGUUUAAUUAAAUAAGAGGUAUAAUGAGAGAGAGAGAGAGAGAGAGAGAGAGAGAGAAAGCCAUGACUUCUGUGACAACUACUACUGUGAGUAUUAAGGGCUUGGAAAUCUAUUUUGCAAUAUUUUCUUAUGCAUAAGUCACGCUUCUUGUUGUCUGAGUUUUGAAAAAAAGAAAAAGAAAAAUAUAUAUAUAUAUAUAUCUGCAAACAAGAGUUAAGGGCUAACAUUUUAGUUCAGGCUAUUAAUAAGGAAGUGAUCCAAAAAGAUAUGUCUUCUGUGAUUUAGAUGACACUAACAUUAAUUACAUUAAAAUAAUGCACACAAGCCUUCAUUGCUCUUGCGUUAUGGGGUUUAAAAUACGUGUAAGAGACCUUUAGACUCAAAUGAAAGAUGAAUUCCAUAAUGGGGAAUUUAGGAAUGCAUGCUUCUAGAGCCUUUUUCAUGUCUUCUUGAUUCAAUGUUGACCAUUCUCUUUAGUAUUUCUCUGCUCAGUCAUACAGCUUUAUGGAAGUUUUAUAAUAAAUAGCUUGAGAGCCUCGUUAACCCUAGAAAGAAAUGCAGUAUCAUGUGCUGUUGCCGGUACAGAUGCAAAACAUAAUUGCACACGAGUUGGCAUUUCUAAACGUAAUUAGUUUUUUGAUAUUUGUAGGGCUACAAUUAUCUAAUAUGCUGCCUCAGACUCCGUAUUAAAGUGACUUUAAGGCAACGAAAGGCAAGAUUAUUAUUAGUCCAAGUCGUCAGAUCUUGUGAUUCAUUCUUUUUCAUUCACCUGUCAUGAAAUUACUUGAUACUUGACUUGGUACUUUAUUGUAAAUGUGACUUUGUCUUUUGUAUUCAGAUUGAUGAUUAGAAGUUACCUUCUUUUCAAUAGUAUAUUUGGGUAAGCGGUUGGGGGGGGGUUCAAAAGAGGAGGGCUGAAGAUGUGCUUCCGACUCUGUUUGCCAUGAUUUCACUUUGCAUGAAGGCAGCAUAAUUUAUUGUGUGCGGAAACUUUGCAUGAUUGCAUGAGUGUGUUUGUGAUUUGCAGAGCUCACACUCACCCAUUCGUCCCCACUGGAAGUCCUUUGUGAAGCCUGUAAUCAGCUUCUCUGUUCCUGCCAGCAGCCUUCAGGCUUCACUUCAAACCGGUCCGCGUGAAUAACAAGAUGUAAAGAUUACAAUUUAUAUCGGCGAGCGCAGAUUUGAUUAGCAAACCCCUCUGCGUAGCUUCAUUUACUGCUUUUAACUCACUGAUGAAGAUCUAUGGAUUAAUCUUCGAAUGUCAAAUAUUGGCCAUUGGGCUUGGCAUAUUUCUCUUGAAUAUCCAGAAGGGGGGGAAAAAAGUUGGGAGUGUAUAUUGAUAUAAUAGGGGGUUAAAUGAUGGAUAUCUGCAAGCUUCACACACACACGCACACACACACUUUCAUCCCUGGGAACACCCCCGGCCGCCGUUGCUCCCGGGUAAAAGCCCUCCCUGCUUACGGUGCGCGUAACAACUGCAGCCGAGGAUCAUCGGUGAAGGACUCGUAGAGGGGGAGGCAUGGAGGGAGGAGGGAGGGAGGGACAGAAAGGCAUGUGUCACACAUUGUAGUGUAUCUCUUCCUUUUGACGUUUCACUUCCUCUCCCUGAUCCCAGAAUCCAAGGCAACUUCCCUUUGACCCGAGUGUGUGUGUGUGUUUGUGUGUGCGCACUGGUAUAGAUGUGUGUGUUCUAGAUUCACUCAUCAGCUUUGAUCUUUGUGUGUAAUUGUUUUGUAACUGUGAUUGAAUGUCUCUGUAUGUCCAAUAUGUGUGAGGGAAUAAAUUAUAGAUGGACAGAAUGGGAAGGAGGAAAAUGGAGGAUAAAUCAGAGGCCGAAUCGAUAAGUACGAGUCCUUGGGCAGAAAGCAAUAAACUCCAUUAACAAGGUGCAGCCACAUUAUCUUGGAGGAUGUAAAAGAAAGCAUUAAUAUUGAUAUAGAAACCAACUGCGUGUUAUAUUAGAGCUUUUAUUUUUCUAAAACUUCCUUUUUUUGUGAUCUGGAUUGUGUGUGUGUGUGUGUGUGUGUUACUUUGAGGUGGAGUCCCUUCACCACAUCUGCAAUGCAGUAGAAAACACAAAAAAGAGAGAGAGGAAGAGAGAGGCGGCAUGUGACAAGAGUGACGCCGUCCUCGGAUCUUUUUUUUUUUUACGUGGCUUCCUAAAAUGUGCUUUUAUACUGGAAUCGAGAGCACCUAAGGUCACAUCCUGUUUGGUGUUAAUAACACUAAACUCAUGCGCAAAGAUCCAUCUGUGAGUUCUAGAAGACCGCCCCCACAAUUGCCAGAAACAUCUGCAUAUUACAGACACAUAGCACCCUGCAGCAAGCCAAUGCAGAUGUGGCUAAAUGAGGUGACCUUUACAAACAGAUGACGGAGGGUCUUCACCUCUCAAAGCUAAUGUAUUUAGUGGUGACUUUGCUGUGUACACUAUGCUAAAAAGUCUUUAUUUAUCCCUUUUUCUCAGUGUUUUUAGUAUUAAAAGAAAAAAGAAGUACGGAUUGUUUUGUGGGUAUUUCUCAUCGUAAGUACUGUGAGUUUUGAUGAAACGAUACAAGGAAUUAGAGUAUUGGGUGUUGGUAUGUGUGCUUGUUGAUUUGAUGUGUUUAUUUGCUGUUAUACUGCUGUGCGUCUACUCAUGUCUACAAAGAGAAGAACAGAACAGACUGUUGGGUCUCAACCUCCUGAUCCCCCACAAUCCUAGAGCACUCACCUGUCAGUGACCUCUGACCUUUGAUCUCUAAACUGGAUCUUGAAGUGGCCCAUUGGCAGCACGUGGUCCUGCUCAUAAACCGUCUGUCUCUCCCUCAAACACACAAACCCAUCGUCUACUUGUGUGUCAUUCUGUGAUCGAUCCUCGAGGGAUUUUCAACUUUUGUGGUUUUUUUUUUUUUUUAUGGUACUGCAUGGAUGAGUUAUUUUGAUAAAGUCUUCCAGAAAAGAUAUUAAGGAAAUCAACAUAAUCUUACUUUUCUUCCUGUCUUCCAAAUGCAAAAUGAGUGCUUCAGUCUUCCAGUGAAUAAAGCCACAAUGACAUUAUUUUUUAUUCAAAUGGAGCAAAAAAUAUAUAUCUAUAUAUAAAAAUAUAUAAAUAUAUCCAUGCAAAUGUCGUUGGGGCGCAGGGACUUCCCCUUGUUGCCGGCAAGGUGGAAUAAAGACUACGGAACGCCAUUCAAAUCUACGGGUCCCCUGGAGAAAGGAGCGGAAAGGACCACAGAGAGGCGGGGACUCGCAGUCUGAGGCUGGACUACAAGCAUGCAUGCGCCAAUCAUUUACUGGACACCCCAAAAGAAACAGUCUUUACCCAACAUAUGCUCUUUAAGCCCCCCGUCCUCAACUCUAUUAUCCUGAACUCUUGUCUCUACAUUUGCAAUAUGAUCUAUAUUUAUUUCUAUAAUAACUUACACAAAGUCAAAGGGAGACGUAUUAUUGGAUAAAAUUCAAUAAAACCAACUAAUAUAUUUGUAUGAUUGUAA